UCGCGAUCUCACAGCUCAUUCUGCUCAAGACAACUGUACGCGAAGCUGUUUAAGCCUUAGCGACACAAUUUAUAAGAGAGACUUCAGAUUUUGAAGAAACUUUGGAAUUAUUUUUCGACUCCUGACCAACAGUCAGUCACAACAACUACUACAAGUAUGCCAGCAACAAACUACGUAUUGAUUCUGUCUUUUCUCGUCUGCAUGACUUUGGGAGUAACUGAAGGCCAAAUCAGAGCUUUUACAACUGAGUCGCCCGAAUGCCGAAGAAAAUGCAAUAACUGCCCCCCUACCCCCACAUGUGCAUAUGGUGUAAGUCUCAUACCAGGAAAAUGCGGGUGCUGCAAGCAAUGUGCACGUCAGUUGGACGAAACCUGCAACGAUGACAUGAAAUGCGACCCCCACAGGAAUUUAUAUUGCAGUUAUUCUGGUGUUGAUGAACACGAAGGCGUGUGCGUAGCCAAACCAGGUCGCGCUUGCCUAUCGAGUGGCCUCACUUAUUUGAACGGCGAAUCUUUCCUGAUUGGUUGCAAAGUUAAAUGUACAUGUAUGGACGGUGUGUUGGCUUGUGAGAACACCUGCCCUCUUACCAUCACUGCUCGUGCACCAAAGAACUGCCGACACCCACAACUUGUGAAGAAACCAAACCAGUGUUGCUCGGAAUGGAUUUGCAGCGGGGAAACACUGAGUAACAAUAACACAACUAACACCAGACCUUCAUCAUCUCACUCACAAAUUAGAAGAAGACACCCAAACACAUUCAGACCAAGAGUUAUUGCAAUGGCAGCUAACCGAAGAACUCCAAUCUCCAUCACCGUCCGUGCCAAGGACAAAUGUAACGUUCAAACCACUGAAUGGUCUGCCUGCUCCAAGACGUGUGGGUGGGGGGUAUCUGAGCGCGUCACUAACGAUAACAAAGCUUGCAAACUACGCAAACAAUCAAGACUCUGCCAGAUCCGGCCAUGCAGCUCCAGCUUUGUGGACAACAUUAAGCGAGGAAAGAAAUGCAUCCGAACUGUGAAAGCUCAACGCCGAGUUCAAUAUUCAUUCUCGGGAUGCCAAAGCAAAGUCUACACGCCUAAAUAUUGCGGGGCGUGCACAGACGGCAGAUGUUGCGCACCCAAACACACGGUCACUAAGCCAAUCAAGUUCACUUGCGACGGCGGCUUCCAAUUUAAGAAGAGAAUGAUGGUCAUCAAGUCGUGUUCAUGCUCCAGGAGGUGCGUAGGUGAAAACUCGUUCUUUUCCUACCGAAGAAUGGGCGGGGACACGUGGCAAGAGUGAAGAUCACACAAGUAUAACAGCUUAGGGGUUCCCCCUUGGAUAGAAGUCCUCUCCGUGAAGGUGCAAUGGGACGAUGACGUCAUACUGCAUGACGUCACACGUUUAAACGACAACCAUUGGUUGUAGAGAACUCUCCCCAUCAAAGUCAACUAACUAUCUCAGGAGCAAACAUAGAAACCUUAUAUAACAACAGCCACACGUGAUCUACUCACGACGAGAAAGUAGUUUUAGUGAUUUAUACUCCCUUUUUUUCUGUGAAACAAUUGUCGAUAUUACGCUGCCAUAUCAAUUAUAACUGAACCACAAAACACGUUCAAACCUGGUUUAACCUUAAGGCAUGCACUCCCUAUUACUCACGUUUUGCAGUGUUGCCUGAAAAGAAACUUAAACGCAUCUAACGAAUAGGAACAUAUUUGAUGGUAAAACCAAACUGAUAACACUAAUUUCACAAACAAAUUAACCAAAGUUUCGACGUGUUUUUGUGGACAGUUAUAUUUGGCGACGCGUGUUUUACUUCGCAGUUCAUUUUAUGGACUCUUUUAACGCUGUGACAACACCAACUUUUAUAGUUUUGGUGACACCUUGUAACUUUUUACGCUGAACGAGGAAACUCGCAGUAAUAUACCAGUAGUGACCUACACAUUUUACAAUGUGCUAUAUUAGUGUUGAAACGUAACUAAACUUUUUUGAAACUUUUUUACAACUUUUCGACCAAACCGUAGAUUUCCGUUUGUUUAAGUUUUCCGUCGAUUCUUGUUCUUGUUGUUGUUGUUACUGUCUGUCUGUUUGUCGUGCCUUGAUUGUUUUAUUUAUAAUUUGUACUUCACCUUUCAGAUCCCAUAUUUUUAUACCGUCACUUUUCAACGUGAAUAAAACCAAAAGGCAUUCUUGCCAAACAAUAAUGA